AUGGGACGGUCAGACGUGACGGCCCGGGCCAAGCGGGAGGCCCGAGGGCAGGAGCGUGCUGGAGUCCCCUCCUCUCGUGCCGGCGUGUUCGGUGUGCGGCAGCGGCGCUCUAGCCGGGGCGGCGUUGGAACGGUGGGUGCCGGCCAGCCAGCCCAGACGGGCGGGCGGCGAGGCCCCGGCCUGGGAGAGACCGGCCAGUUGCCGGUUGGGAGGAGGGCAGCGCGGGCGAGGGGCGCACGGGGGCGCGGGGAGGAGGGGGUGGUGGGUGAGAACGGCGAUGAUGCGGACGUGGUGGGCGGAUUUGGUGGAGGGUCACGUGAAAUUGGCCGAAAAACGACCAAGUCCCUUAAAUUGCGUUACGGGACUAACAGGGUGGCCCACUUUGAAAACUUUUUGUACACUUUAAGGCUUGCUGGCCAUUUCCCCGCCCAACUGGGGUCGGAGAGUAUGUGUAAGAAGAGGUGGUUCCGCCCGCCUCUUCUCACAACAUCUUCCAUACUCUGCCGUCAGCCUCGCCAGGUGUUGGGUCUUUUCCUCAACACCGGGGGUGGGAUUCACGCUACGGUCGCGCUCCCUUCGGGGGAUGCGCCCGUGGCCUCUGAAGCCCUGGGAUCCCUGGAUCCCCGGCAAUGCCGAAGUCUGUGGGCUCUUGGCCGCUGGCCAGCAGACCCGUCCUUUGGUAGUAACCCGGGGGAAGCCGCCCUGCGUCAUACGCCGUUCGCCGGCGGUCGCGCGGGGGUCGGGCCCCCCUUCCGAGGGCCGUAUGCCGCAGCCCGUCCCUGCCCGUCCGGGCGGUGGGCGGAAUCUCUGCGUGCGGACCGGCGCUGA